GCCCGGCCCGGGGAGUGGCUUCCAGGAAGCGGGCGGAGGGCGCUCCCGCCGCGUCCCGCCGUCGCCGAGCUCGGGUCCCCGCUCGGGCGCAGCGCGCGGGCAGGGAGGCGGCGGGCGCCCGGGCGCGCCGUGCACUUGCCGGGCGGCGCAGGUGGCGGCGCGCGCCCUCCGCCCUGGGCCCCGGCCAGCGCCGCGCGGCGCCCGGAGGGGCGGGGCGGCCCGGCCCCAUUUAACUCCGCGGCGGCGGCGGCGGGAGGCCGGCGUCGGGGGCGGUCGGGGGCCCGAGGUCCGCGCGCGGUGCUGGCGGGCGGCACGGCCCGGACGCGGCUGCGGCGCCAGGCUAUGAGUGAGAACCCCAGGAGACCGGACCCCAUGGCUUCCUGGAAGAUCCCCUGGGGGCUGCUGGCAUGGAUGGUUUUCAUGGGCUCUGCCCCCCUGCAGAUCGCAGCAGAGAAGUCUCCUGGAGCCUAUUUCCUUCCCGAGUUCGCGCUCUCCCCCCAGGGAAGUUUUCUCGAAGAUACGACAGGGGAGCAGUUCCUCACGUACCGCUACGACGACCAGACCUCAAGAAACACUCUUUCAGAUGAGGACAAAGACAGCAACUGGGACGCCUGGGGGGACUGGAGUGACUGCUCCCGCACGUGCGGUGGUGGGGCGUCCUACUCGCUGCGGAGGUGCCUGGCCGGCAGGAACUGUGAAGGGCAGAAUAUUCGCUACAAGACAUGCAGCAAUCAUGACUGCCCUCCCGACGCAGAGGACUUCAGAGCCCAGCAGUGCUCCGCCUACAAUGACGUCCAGUACCAGGGACACUAUUACGAAUGGCUUCCACAAUAUAACGAUCCGACUGCCCCCUGCGCCCUCAAGUGUCACGCACAGGGACAGAAUGUGGUCGUGGAACUGGCACCCAAGGUACUGGAUGGGACGCGCUGCAAUGCUGACUCCCUGGACAUGUGCAUCAGUGGCAUUUGUCAGGCCGUGGGCUGCGACCGGCGCCUGGGGAGCGGCGCGCGCGAGGACAGCUGCGGCGUCUGUGCUGGCGACGGCGCCACCUGCCGGCUGGUGCGCGGACAGGCCAAGGCGCACGUUGCUCCGGAGAAAAGGGAAGAACAUGUAAUUGCUGUUCCCUUGGGCAGUCGAAGCGUGAGGAUCACAGUGAAAGGGCCUGCACGUCUCUUUAUUGAAUCAAAAACACUUCAAGGAAGCAAAGAGGAACACAUCUUCAACAGUCCUGGAGUUUUUGUUGUAGAAAACACGACAGUUGAAUUUCAGAGGGGCUCAGAGAGGGAAACCUUUAAGAUUCCAGGACCUCUGAUGGCUGAUUUCAUCUUCAAGACCAGGUACCCUGUGGCCAAGGACAGUGUGGUCCAGUUCUUCUUCUACCAGCCCGUCAGUCAUCAGUGGAGACAGACCGACUUCUUUCCCUGCACUGUGACGUGUGGAGGAGGUUAUCAGCUCAAUUCUGCCGAAUGUGUGGAUAUCCGCUUGAAGAGGGUGGUUCCUGACCAUUAUUGCCAUUACUACCCUGAAAAUGUAAAGCCCAAGCCCAAACUGAAGGAGUGCAGCAUGGACCCUUGCCCAUCAAGUGAUGGAUUUAAAGAGAUCAUGCCCUAUGACCACUUCCAACCUCUCCCACGCUGGGAACAUAAUCCUUGGACGGCGUGUUCAGUGUCCUGUGGAGGCGGGAUUCAGAGACGGAGCUUCGUGUGUGUGGAGGAGUCCAUGCACGGCGAGGUCCUGCAGGUGGACGAGUGGAAGUGCAUGUACGCCCCCAAACCCAAGGUCAUGCAGACCUGCAAUCUGUUUGACUGUCCCAAGUGGGUCGCCAUGGAGUGGUCUCAGUGCACGGUGACUUGCGGCCGCGGGUUGCGGUACCGGGUCGUCCUGUGCGUCAGCCACCGCGGACAGCACGUCGGUGGCUGUAACCCGCAGCUGAAGUUACACAUCAAGGAAGAAUGUAUCAUUCCCGUGCCGUGUUAUAAACCAAAAGAAAAAGGCCCAGUGGAAGCUAAAUUACCUUGGCUGAAACAAGCACAAGAAAUAGAAGAGAGCAGAAUCGCAGCGGAAGAACCAGUGUUCACCCCGGAGCCCUGGUCGGCCUGCAGCACCACGUGUGGGCCGGGCGUGCAGGCCCGGGAGGUGAAGUGCCGCGUGCUCCUCGCGUUCACACAGACGGAGACGGAGCUGCCGGAGGAAGAGUGUGCAGGCCCCAAGCCGUCCACCGAGCAGCCUUGCCUCCUGGAAGCGUGUGACGGGGACCCUGCCUCCCACCAGCUGGACACCUCUCCCCAGGAGAAGGACAGUGACAUGACUUACGACUGGGAGUACGCUGGCUUCACCCCUUGCACGACAACGUGUUUGGGAGGGCGCCAGGAAGCCAUAGCAGUGUGCUUGCACACCCAGACCCAGCAGACAGUCAACGACACCUUGUGUGAUACGGCCCACCGUCCUCCAGCAAUGAGCCGGGCCUGUAACACGGAUCCCUGCCCGCCCAGGUGCGUGCCAUCUUGUGCUCCUGGGACAUGCUGUAACUCCCCCGCGUUUCACCAUCUGAGACUUGGCUGUCGCUGGCCGGGCACGUGGCUCACGCUCCAUCUAACUGUUGCACAAUUCUCCUUGCAGUGUUCUGUGAGCUGUGGUGUCGGAACCCAGAGAAGAGAGCAGGUGUGUCAGAAGCUGACAGCCAAAGGCCGGCGUGUUCUGAGCGAGAGGGCGUGCAGGGACCUGCCCGGCCCCCUUGUAAGGUCUUGCCAGAUGCCUGCAGGAGUAAAAAUGAAACCAGAGGUCAAGGUCAAACUUGGUGAGCAGGGCCCUCAGAUCCUGGGUGUCCAGAGAGUCUAUAUUCAGACGAGGGAAGAGAAACGCAUCAACCUGACUAUUGGAGGCAGGGCGUAUUUGCUGCCCAACACGUCUGUGAUUAUCAAAUGCCCAGUGCGACGAUUCCAGAAAUCUCUGAUCCAGUGGGAGAAGGACGGCCGCUGCCUGCGGAACUCCAGACGACUCGGCAUCACCGAGUCACGCUCGCUGAGGAUCCAUAGCCUCGCUGCCCCCGACAUCGGCGUGUACCGGUGCAUCGCGGGCUCCGCACGAGAUACGGUGGUUCUCAAGCUCAUUGGCACCGACAACCGGCUCAUUGCACCCCCAGCCCUCAGGGAGCUCGGGAGGGAGUAUCCCGGACUGGGCCACGAAGAAGCCAAUGGUUUGGAGGCCACGUGGCAUAAGAUGAGGCAGAUGUGGAGUAACAGAAACGAGCUUCACCCGGGCCACAGCCAGAUCGACAAGCAGCCUCUCUUGAGCGCUCUGUUGGGCCGCUGCAGCGAUUCUGCAGGGAACACCGACUCCUGGGGGUCUGGGAAUAAGCAGUUUGGAGCAGCCGUUAAGCAGGGAGCAUACAGCAUGGACGCUGCCCAGUUUGACGAGCUGAUAAGAAACAUGAGCCAGCUCCUGGACGCUGGAGAGGUCAGUGACGGCCUGGCCUCGCGGCUCAUCUACCAGCUGGUGGCCGACUUAGCGAGGGCGCAGCCAGACCCCUCGCGGUGGAGGGGCACCCACGGGGAGGUCCCCCCCGCAGCCCAGCUGAGGGGGGAGACAGGAAGUGUGCCCCAGAGCUCCAGUGGGAGGCACUCCAGCAAGCUGACCUUCGAGCCACAGGGGCCGGCUCUCGUGCGGCCAAGUCAGCCCUCCUCGGUCUCAUUUAAUAGAACGGUGACUUCAAGGAUUGGCGGGACGGUUUACAUUACAGAAAGCACGGAGGUCGUCAAUAUACUGUGUGAGCUUGUUACCCCCGGGCGGGCCACGUAUACAUGGACCAAGGACGGAGAACCCAUACAACCCUCAGAAAAAGUGGUUUUGGAUGGAACCGGAAACUUACAGAUACGGAGCCCUACGAGGAAAGAGCAAGGAAGAUACGGGUGCUCUGCAGUUAAUCAUCUCGGAUCAGACGCAGGAAGUUCUUCUGUGCUGUAUGCAGAGGCGCCUGUCAUCUUGUCUGUUGAAAGAAAUAUCACCAGACUGGAGCCCGGCCAUCUGUCCGUUGUGGUCGGAGGCCUUGUGGAGGCAGCUCUGGGGGCAACUGUGGUGAUCCGGUGUCCUGUGAGAGGUUCUAACGAGGUGCCCGUAGUUGCAGCCACUUACGAUGAAUCCAGCUAUGGCUUUCAGACUAAGAAUGGAAAAGUAGGACUGGAAUUGAAAUGCACCUUUACCCUUACUGCGUGGUCUGCCGUCCUUGCUGAAUCAUCUCCAUUUCUCUGCCGGCUCCACCUCUGGGAAACAGAGCCCGUUAGGGCUUCAUCUGGAGAGGCCACCCUGCUGCCUCCCCGGCUCAGCUUGGAGAGGGCUGAGCAGGCAGCACCUCCUUCCGCUCAGGGCUUUGUCUGGCACGUCUCCUUGGCCUACGGUAGACCCUCUCCCAGGCUGCGGGCCAAGAGCCCUGUUCUGGCCGCCCUCCCCACUGGCUGUUACAAUAAGUUAGGUGAGGGGAAAUGGGGGUUCAAGGGUGCUCUUGCAGGGGGUGCUGGCUUUCUCUGUGUGCUACUCAAAGAGGCAGACAGGCAGCUCCCCAGAAAACAGCUAGCAGUGGUCCAUGACCAUGCCAUCCCCGGCCCGUCAUCUUCCCCCACGCGGGGCCCACCUGACCGUCCUGACCGUCCUUUCCCUUCCCUAGAGCCCUUCUGGGAGCUUGGAAACUGGACACAUUGCUCUGCCUCCUGCGGCCCCUUGGGAGUGCGCGUUCGAAGGCCCCAGUGUGUGCUGGCCGACGGGCGGGAAGUGAGCGAGGCCAGCUGUGGCCACAUCCAGAAGCCACCAGCCGGGGUCCAGCCCUGUAACAUCCGGGACUGCCCUGCGAGGUGGUUCAUGAGUGCGUGGUCAGAGUGCUCCGUGUCCUGCGGGGAAGGACUCCACAGCCGGCAAGUGACAUGCAGGCGUGGAAGAGCCGAUGGGACCGUGCAAGUGAUGCCCCCAAGGGCCUGCACCCCCAAAAGCAGGCCUCCGGGAAGAAGGCCAUGCUCCAGUCGCCCAUGUGGCCAGGAGGUCAUUGAAUCAGGAGGCCAGUGUCGUGGACGCUGCCUGGGCCGCACGGUGGGGACGCAGCGGCAGUCCGGGGUAUGUCAGCACCACACCGGCUCUCCCUCUGACUGCGGGGACAGGAAGAGACCCACCUUAAAGAAGAACUGCUCUUCGGUGGCUUGUGAUGUGUGCUGGCGCACAGGCCCUUGGAGAGCCUGCACAGCAGCCUGCGGCCAGGGCUUCCAGUCCCGCAGGGUUGACUGUGUCCACGCCAGCAGCUGCAAACCGGUGGCCGAGAGACACUGUGUGCCUGCAAAGAAACCAGCUUCCUGGCUGCCCUGUCUCAGGCCCCCCUGUGAGAGUACGUACCCCUCUCAGGCAUCAGGACCGCCCCAAAGGCUUGUGGUACCAGACCCUCGAGGACUAACACGAAUACCAUAGCAGGCAUUGCACCUGGGACCUCAUGGUGCCCUAAUCGGGAAGCCACCGAGAUCACCAGCACUUGUCUCAUGCUGUUUCUUCCUGUGACAUGUGGACCAGGACAGAGCGGGAUGUCCUGAGGACUUGGGACACACAGCAAGUGAUGACUUUCUCUUCUCUCAAGUUUUAGGGUUUCAACAGGUUUACAAGGCACUUAGGUUUUAGAAACUGUGGCCAGUUGUGAAAUGUUGGUGCUUAUGGCGUUUUUAUGGAUCCUUAAGUUUAGUCGGUGAAGAAAAGACAAUGGCUCUGGACAGGCUGGUGACACUGGCCAAUCCAAGGGUCAUGGUGGGGUGGUAUCUUGUCCUCACUUUUAGGAAUCCAUGCAAGAAAAGACAGAGCAAGUGUUGCUGCCAUUUUUACAACUACAGAAAUCUGGGACCACAGGAGACAUCUUGGAAAUCAAAGGAGAGGGAAAGUAAACCUUUUCUACUGAUUUUGAAGUAUAUUCAAAGCUUUCUUUUAAGAGCUGUGAAUGAAACUUUUUCUGAGCACUAUUCUCUUGCACAUAAGCAAAAGCAAAGCCUUAUUAGACCUAAUUUAUCCAUAAAAUUAGUAUUCCUAAGGAUUUUUAUUUUGGAGAAACUAUAAGAAAGUAAUCUAAAUAUGAAACAUGACAGUUGAGAAGAACUGUUUAUAGUAAAUAAUUGUUUUCAUUUGGACUGAUUUUUCAGUAAAUCCAAAGUAAACUACGGUGAGGCUGGAAGUUAGAGGUAGGUCUGGGGAUUAGAGUUCGGAUUUGCUGAGUAAGUUUAGGGUCAGUGUUAGUCGUCAGACUGCAGGUGAAAGUGGGAGCUCACUUAGGGUGAAGGCUAGAGCCGGCUUCAGGGGGCAGGGCUCGGGCCAGCUGCGGGCAGACUCCGACUGCGUUUUGACAGGGUCCCCAGGGAGCUGUGAGUGACAGUAUCAGGGAGAUGCUGUGUUUGGGGUCAAUGUCGCUGCUGAAGCCAUUUGGGGCCAGCGUUGAAUUGGAGGUUCUAAAGCUGACUGGGGUUCUGGGGCUCUUCCCCCUACAUUCUGCCAGUUAUGGCUUUAGACGGCGCACGUCCCCAAGUAAGUGGUCAGACCUGCUCAUUCAGCGUCCCAGCUGCACGUGUGCAGGCCGCCCACAGCCCGCUGGCAACAGUUCCCCGCAGCAGGUUGUGCCGCCCGAGCCCCGCUGCUGGGGAGCGAGUGGGCGAGCUCUCUGCAUCUACCGGGCGGAGCACCGGGCCCUGCAUUUGGACCUCAGCCCCCUAACGCGGGACGAGCCCUGCCGUACACGGGGGCGCAGUGCUUGGGCGACCAGGAAGGGGACACGCCACCCGUGAGCUGUUAAUCCCCACUCACACUUGAUUGUGGAUGGUUUUUAAAUUAAAAGGAAGAUCAUUUGUAAAAUA